AUGAGCGGCCAACUCGGCUCUGACCACGACGCCCGGCUCAGUGGCGAUGAGCUGAAGCCCGUCGACACCAACGCCUCCUCCCAGGUCAAGGAUGUCUUGCACGUCACCCACGAGACGCCAUACCGUCAGGUGAACUUCUGGGGCACUUAUGUCGCUGCCGGCACCGGUGCUUUGGCUGCCUAUGGCGGAUUCGUCAUGCCGGCCACUUCCAUUGCCUUGAUCGAUGCUGAUAUCGGCCCAAGCCCCAACUACUACUGGGUCAUCCUUGCGUGGACGCUCUGUCUCGCCGUUGGAUACACCCUCGUCGGACGUCUCUCUGACAUUUUCGGCCGCCGCUGGUUCUUCAUCGUUGCCACCCUGUUGGCCACGAUCGGCUGUGCCAUUGGCGCAACGGCGCAGAGCAUCAACACCUUGAUUGGUGCCAGUGUCCUGACCGGCUUGGCCACCUCUGCCCAAAUCUCGUUCAACUACACCCUCACCGAGCUGGUCCCGAUCAAGCAUCGUUUCUACGUCCUUACCGGCAUCUUUCUGUGCGCCGCCCCUUUUUCAUGCUUCGGCCCCUACAUUUCCCGCCUGUUCAUCGUGCACACUAAGUUGGGAUGGCGAUGGGAUUACUAUGCCAACCUCAUUGCCAAUGGCAUCUCCCUGAUCUGCUACGCCGUCUUCUACCAUCCUCCCAACUUCCACGAGCUCCACAACCGUCGUCGUACGCGCUGGCAAGAAUUCAAGGAGCUUGACUUUAUCGGCAUCAUUCUCUACAUCGCCGGGCUGCUCCUCUUCCUCAUGGGUCUCUCGUGGGGCGGCAUCCUGUACCCCUGGAAGUCUGCACACGUGCUUGGGACGCUCAUCAGCGGAGCGCUCACCAGUGUCGUCUUUGUUCUCUACGAAAUCUACGCCCCCUUGAAGCGACCGUUGGUGCCGAUGCAUUUGUUCAAGAACUGGGACUACAAUGUCUUGACUAUCGUCUCGGCCGUGGGUGGAAUGUUGUAUUACUCGCUGAAUGUCCUCUACCCAACCAUGGUCGCCGCGCUCUUCACCACCAGCAUCACCAAAGUCGGACUCCUCUCUGUUGCCAUCGGCGGAGGUGUUGGCCUGGGUCAAUUUGGCGCAUCCCUCGUUGCUACCCCAGGGGGUAUGUUGCGUUGGAAGAUCUUCGCCGCGGUCGUCAUUUGCACUGCCACAACUGCCGCUCUUGCUGGAGCCACGAAAGAGGCGACCGCGUCCGGCCUCGCCGUCGUUGCCUCCAUCUGCAUUGGCGCGCUUGAGUCGUUCGCCGGCGUGGCUGUCACGAUUGUCAUCAAGGAUCAAACGGAAAUCGGCACGGCUGCUGGUGUCUAUGGCAGCAUUCGCAGCGUCGGCGGCGUGCUCGCCACUGCCAUUCUGACCACCGUUCUCCAGGGCCGUGUCAAGAGCGAGACGGCUCAUCACGUCGUCCCCGCCUUGCUCACUGCCGGCCUCCCGGCCACCUCGCUCGAAGAUUUCCUUGUUGAUCUCGGCGCUGGGGAUGUCACGGCCGCGGAGAAGUUGCCAGGAGUUACCGUCAAAGUCCUCGAAGUUGCCGCUGUCACUCUCCGCAACGCAUAUCAGAAGUCAUUCGAGACAGUCUACCUGGUCACGCUUGCCUUUGGUAUCAUCUCUUGCAUCGCCGCCUUCUUCAGCCCAUCGAUCGAGUCGCUGUACACGGACGAGGUCAUGCGCCAGUUGCACCCAGCCGGCGGCAAGCGCGCGCAGGGCGUGGAGAGCGAUACCGAGCAGGGUUACGUGGAGAAGCACGCCGUUCAGGUGGUGGAGAAGUGA